AUGAAACUCAACAUCCAGGUCUUGCAGCCUCACCAGCUGCUUGAUCCAGCCAACAAGACCCUUCUGCACAACAUCAAUGAUUUGAUCAAUGAUGCAUACAGCAUACAUGGUCAUCCGGAGCUCGACGGUUCAUAUCACUACCAAGCGCUCUACAAAGAAAGACGUAUAACAUGCGAGGAUCAGCUUGUGCACGAGUUGGGAGAAAGUGGUUCAAUAGCUGUUUGUACAGACAAUGACUUGAAUGAAGUCCCAGAGAUGGUGCAUAGGAUAGAGAAGGCCAACGUUUACUAUCCUAGCAAAUAUGGGCAGGUUGUAGCCGUCGCAAGCCUGAAGCCUUGGGGUGGGAAGAAGACAGUGCUAUUCGCCAAAGCUCGACAGUUGGCUCGCGAAGGUAACGGGGCAUCCUCUGUCAACGACAUUGACCUUGCAAGAUUAUCGCAGCAGGAGCUAGCUCAACAGGAGCACAAGUCGGGGACAUGGGACUGGGAAGUAUCUGCUUGCGCUUGCGUCAAUUAUCCCCGUUAUCGCCGGCAGGGUCUCAUGGUACAAAGUCUCGAUGCGUUGUUAGAUAAGUUGACUCGUCGACACAACGAAUUGAAAGCUGCUGGGGAUCCUCGUGGUAGUUUGCAGAUCAAGCUCUGGUCUUCUGCAUUGGUGGACAGUGACAAUCCACAAUACUGGCUGCGCAGAGGGUUUGUGGAUGAAGGAGAGCCUGAUCUCGCGCCUGCUGGCUUGUGGUCUAGUGUGAGGGACUUUGAGAUACAGACCCUGAGUAAGGUCUUGGAGUGA